UAAUUUUUUCUUUAGAUCCAUCAAACCAAUUCUUUCUCCACACUCCCAAUCAAAUCCUCCUACUCGCUCAGCUACCAUGAACCCAUCCCUACUCUCCCUCACUUCUCCUUCCGCUCUCCCCACCACCUUCCUAAAUCCGACCAAAUCACCCUUUCCAAUCCAAACCGAAUUCCCUAAAACGUCCUUCCGUUCAUUCCCUUUGAAUGUCCAAUGUUCAGCUCUCUCCGUUGCCAUCGAUGCCUCCCCAGGCAUCACCAAUAGCCCAUCGAAGCCUUCGGCUGCAGAAGUCUCCCGAACGAUUAUGGAGCUUUCCUCCACCGGCACACUUUCUGCUAUUUCCCUCCAGGAUGGUUGGCCGCUGGGUAUCGGCACUCGCUUUGUCGUUGACGCGCACGGCACUCCCGCGCUGUGCCUUAAUGAGCCUGGGAGGUUCUUCGCCGCUGCUGGCCCUUCCAGCUUCAAUGUGCAACUCAAGCAGAGCAGGUCGAGGACGAGGCAAUGCACGCUGCUGGGAAACCUUGAGAAACUUGAGGACGGCUUGCUCUUGAAGAAACUUUGUAAGAGGUGGGAGAAGAAAUUUGGCGAAGAUGCGGACGGAGAUAAUCUCUAUGUAAUUAAAGUGGACAGAAUUCUUCAGUUAGAAGAUUUUAAGGAGGACACUGUAUGGAUAACCUCCAUAGACUAUUUUAAUGCAGAGCCUGAUCCACUUCGUAAUUGUGCAGAAAAGAUUGUGAAUGAAUUGGAUGCUAAACACGCAGAAGAUAUUCUGCGGGUAUGCCAUGUUUAUGUGGACUCUCAAUUUCAGGUAACUGAUGCCAAGCUGAUAUGGGUUGAUCGGUUAGGUUUUGACCUGCACAUAUACUCUGAAGAAGGGAAUUUUACCUGCCGGGUUCCUUUUCCGAGAGAAGUUUCGGAUGAAAAAAGCUUAAAAUCUUCUUUAAAUUCCAUGUUUCAUCUUGCAUGGGAGGUAGAGAAGGGCUACGCUGUUCAAGAGUUUGAGAGGAUAAAGUUGUUGAAGAGGAUAAGCAGGUGAGCAUCAUUUCACUUCCAAAAAUCACUCCCUAUUUUUGGAGAAAUUAUUACAUACGGAGCACGUACGAAGAAUUACAUGCGGAUUCCAGUAAUAUGCCGCCAUGUGUGCUAUAUCGGGCCCACCUAACAAAAAUAUUAAAGUGAAACCGUAAAGCUUAUUGGGGUGGAACCACAAAUGUUAUUGGGAGGGUUAUU